UUCGAUACAAAACCGCCUUUCUUCUCCAGAGGUCCAUCUCUUUACUUCUCUCUCCUUCAGAAAAACAGGAGGAGAAACAGAGAAACCCCAAUUAACCCAAAACCCUCUAAAUUAAAAAUCAAAAGUUUCCAUCAAAACAAAUCAAACCCAGAUUGUUUUUACAGUAAUCUCUUUUUAUAGAUGAUUAUUAUUGCAAUUCAAUUCAAUUUCCUAAUUUCCCUUUUGAGAAUUUAAAGCAGAUUCGCGUUGAUAGACUGUGGAAUCUUUGAAUCACACAAUUUGCCUUUUCAUCUAAUCUUUCUCUCUCUCUUAAAUUCUUUUUUUUUUUUUUUCUUUAUUGAGCUUCUGCAUUUUGCGUGCUUCGUACGGUCUAUCAGCGCUUUCUCUGCUCUCCAUUCUCCUUUAGAAAUCCAAAAAUCUAACACCCCUUUAAGUUUUUUAGCUUAAUUUAUUGUGCCAUUGAUUUUAACUGCUGUUAUUGUUGUUGAAUUUAUUGUUUUAUUGUUAAAUUAAAUGUGUGAUUGAGUAAUUUAUGGAGGAAGGAAAUAAGGGUUCGGAUGAUUCGAGGCCGAAUUACUGGCUUCAUGCUUGUGAGGAGGAAGAUGAUAUCAUCCCCUGUGAAUUUAUCGGGGAUUUCGGCGAUUUCGGGACCGGGAAUCAGAGCGAAAUUGCCAGCAUUGAUCCCAACUUCUUUGGUGGGAUUGAUCAUAUUCUUGAUAGUAUCAAGAAUGGUGAAGGAUUGCCUUGCAAUGAUGGUAUGGAUAUUACUCCUCUUUCUAAAGAUUUGCAAGUUGAGAAUUUUGUUGUGAAUUGUAAUGUUGAGGUUCAAAGUCCAUUAAUUAGUGACAGCAAAAUGGUAGAUGCUGAUAAUGUUAAUAAUAAUUAUUCUAAUAAUAUCAAUAAUAAUGGGAGUGUGUGUGUGAAAUUGAAUGGUGGUGAUGGAACUAAUAAGGGUGUUCUUGAUCAUGUUAGAACAAGUAAUGGGGACUCAAAAGUGUUAAGUGAUAGAGAGAGUUGUAAGGUUGAUAGGGAUCGAGAUUGUGAGGAGAGGAGCGGAAAGAGGACUCGUGUAAGUAAUGGGUUUAGAGAGGAGAGGGGGUAUUCGAGUCGUGGGCAGAGUUGUGUGAGAGAUUGGGAGAGUAAUGGAAGGAAGAGGAAUCGAGAAUUUGAGGAGACUGGACGGAGGGAUAGGGAUAGGGAUAGGGGUAGGGAUAGGGAUAGGGAUAGGGAAAGAGAGAGGGACAGGGAUUUGGGUGGUAGGAGAAAGGAUUACUAUAAUGGGAGGAGAGAUAGCCGAGAUAGGGAAUGGAGAGAUAGAGAGGCAAAGGGUUAUUGGGAGAGGGAAAAGCCGGGGUCAAAUGAAAUUGUGUAUCGCGUUGGUUCAUAUGAAUCUGCCCGAAAUAGAGACACAAAUAAGGUGGGGUCUGAAAAGAACAAGGAAUGCAGUGCAAAGAUUGAGAAGAAUGAGGAAAGUUUUAAGGAGAAAAGUUUGGAGGAGCGGGCACGCCAUUAUCAGUUGGAAGUACUUGAGCAGGCAAAGCAGAAAAAUACUAUUGCUUUCCUGGAGACUGGAGCCGGUAAAACUUUGAUUGCUGUUUUACUUAUUAAAAGCAUCUGCAAUAGAUUGCAGCAGCAGAACAAGAAAGUGCUGGCUGUUUUCUUGGUGCCUAAGGUUCCACUAGUGUAUCAGCAAGCAGAAGUUAUACGCGAGCAAACUGGAUACAGUGUUGGUCAUUACUGUGGUGAGAUGGGUCAAGAUUUCUGGGAUACUCGAAGAUGGCAACGCGAGUUUGAAUCUAAGCAGGUUUUGGUCAUGACUGCUCAGAUUUUGUUAAAUAUUUUAAGGCAUAGCAUAAUCAAAAUGGAAUGUAUACAUCUCCUUAUUCUCGAUGAGUGCCACCAUGCCGUCAAGAAGCAUCCAUAUUCUCUAGUGAUGUCUGAAUUUUAUCAUACAACUCCAAAGGAAAAAAGGCCUGCUGUUUUUGGGAUGACUGCUUCCCCUGUUAACUUGAAGGGUGUUUCCAGUCAAGUUGAUUGUGCUGUCAAGAUACGAAACCUAGAGACUAAGUUGGAUUCCGUAGUUUGUACAAUAAAAGACCGUAGAGAACUGGAGAAACAUGUUCCUAUGCCAUCAGAAAUUGUUGUGGAAUAUGACAAAGCAGCUUCAUUGUUGUAUCUGCAUGAACAAAUCAAACAAAUGGAAGUAGCAGUUGAAGAAGCUGCACGAGCAAGUUCAAGAAAGAGCAAAUGGCAGUUUAUGGGAGCUAGAGAUGCAGGAGCCAAGGAAGAGUUACGCCAGGUCUACGGUGUCUCUGAAAGAACUGAGAGUGAUGGUGCUGCUAACUUGAUUCAAAAAUUAAGGGCUAUCAACUAUGCACUUGGUGAACUGGGACAGUGGUGUGCUUACAAGGUUGCUCACAAUUUUUUAGUAGCCUUACAAAGUAAUGAGAGGGCAAACUACCAGCUUGAUGUGAAGUUUCAAGAAUCUUAUUUGAGCAAGGUCGUUGCACUUUUACAGUGCCAGCUAGCAGAAGGUGCCGCUUCCAACAAGGAUGCCAGCAGUACCGAAGAUAAUAAUGAUAGUGGCUGCCAUCAAGAUAAUGGCAGUGUUGAUGAGGUUGAGGAGGGAGAACUUCCUGAUUGUCACGUUGUCUCUGGUGGAGAACAUGUUGACAUUGUCAUUGGAGCUGCUGUAGCUGAUGGGAAGGUCACCCCUAAGGUGCAGUCACUGGUGAAAGUACUAAUGAAGUAUAAGCACACUGAUGACUUUCGUGCAAUCAUCUUUGUUGAGAGAGUUGUGGCUGCAUUGGUUCUUCCAAAGGUUUUUGCUGAGCUUCCAUCUUUAAGUUUUAUCAAGUGUGCAAGUAUGAUUGGACAUAAUAAUAGUCAGGAAAUGCGGACGUCACAAAUGCAAGAUACAAUAGCUCAAUUCCGAGAUGGCCGUGUGACUUUAUUAGUUGCUACUAGUGUCUCUGAGGAAGGUCUUGAUAUCCGGCAAUGUAAUGUGGUGAUCCGCUUUGACCUUGCAAAAACUGUUUUGGCCUACAUUCAAUCUAGGGGCCGUGCAAGAAAGCCAGGAUCAGAUUAUAUCUUGAUGGUUGAAAGGGGAAACUUGUCUCAUGAAGCAUUUCUAAGGAAUGCUAGAAAUAGUGAAGAAACUUUGCGGAAAGAAGCAAUUGAGAGGACUGAUGUAAGUCAUCUCAAGGGUACUUCAAGAUUGAUUUCCGCAGAAAAUGCCCCAGGUUCAGUGUACCAGGUUGCUUCAACUGGUGCUACUGUGAGCUUGAAUUCUGCUGUAGGCCUUAUUCAUUUUUACUGUUCGCAGCUACCCAGUGAUAGGUACUCAAUACUUCAUCCAGAAUUUAUCAUGGUAAAGCAUGAGAAGCCAGAUGGAUCCACAGAUUAUUCUUGUAGGCUUCAACUACCAUGUAAUGCCCCUUUCGAAAAGCUUGAGGGCCCAAUAUGCAGUUCAAUUCGUCUUGCGCAACAGGCUGUUUGCCUGGCUGCUUGUAAGAAGCUUCACGAGAUGGGGGCAUUUACUGACAUGCUCUUGCCUGAUAAGGGAAGUGGUGAAGACGGAGAAAAGAUUGAGCGAAAUGAUGAAGGAGAUCCACUUCCAGGAACAGCCAGACACAGAGAAUUCUAUCCUGAAGGAAUUGCCUCAAUCCUUAGGGGGGAAUGGAUAUUGUCUGGCAGAGAUGGUUGUGAUGACUCCAAAUUAUUUCAUCUCUAUAUGUAUGCUGUAAAAUGGGAACAUUUAGGGUCCGCAAAGGAUCCAUUCUUGACCCAAGUUUCAGAUUUUUCGGUACUUUUUGGCAGUGAGCUGGAUGCAGAGGUGUUAUCGAUGUCGAUGGAUCUCUUUAUCGCUCGAACCAUGAAGAUUAAGGCAUCUCUUGUCUUUCGGGGUUCAAUAGAUGUCACAGAAAGCCAGCUAGCAUCCCUGAAGAGUUUCCACGUGAGAAUGAUGAGCAUCAUACUUGAUGUGGAUGUUGAACCUUCUACAACUCCGUGGGAUUCUGCAAAGGCUUAUUUAUUUGUCCCUAUGGUUGGCGAUAAAUCUGUAGAUCCUUUAAAAGAAAUAGACUGGGAUCUUGUUGAUAAUAUAACAAGUACAGAUGCGUGGAACAACCCCUUACAAAGGGCUCGGCCAGAUGUUUACUUGGGAACUAAUGAGCGGAGUCUGGGCGGGGAUAGGAGAGAGUAUGGUUUUGGGAAACUGCGUUAUGGCAUGGCAUUUGGACAGAAAUCCCAUCCUACGUAUGGUAUCAGAGGAGCAGUUGCACAGUAUGAUGUAGUAAAAGCUUCUGGAUUGGUUCCUGGCCGGGACUAUGGUGUACAGGCCAAUUUUGAACUUCCUAAAGGAAAUUUGAUGUUGGCUGAUACUUGCAUCAAUGCAGAAGACUUGGUGGGGAAAAUUGUGACAGCUGCUCACUCUGGAAAGAGGUUUUUUGUGGAUUCUGUACGUUAUGAUAUGACUGCAGACAAUUCAUUCCCUAGGAAAGAAGGUUAUCUUGGUCCCUUGGAGUAUAGUUCAUAUGCAGACUACUACAAGCAAAAGUAUGGAGUUGAAUUGAUCUAUAAGAAACAACCUUUACUUAGAGGUCGUGGUGUUUCAUAUUGCAAGAAUCUCCUUUCCCCUAGAUUUGAACAUUCUGAAGAAUAUGAGGGUGAAUCUGAGGAGACCCUUGACAAAACUUAUUAUGUGUAUCUGCCUGCUGAAUUGUGUUUUGUACAUCCACUUCCUGGUGAGCUAGUUCGAGGAGCCCAAAGACUUCCAUCAAUAAUGAGAAGGGUGGAAAGCAUGUUACUUGCUAUUGAACUUAAAAAUAUCAUCAACUAUCCUGUACCUGCUUCCAAGAUUCUGGAAGCUUUGACUGCAGCCUCUUGUCAAGAGACAUUCUGUUAUGAAAGAGCUGAGCUCUUGGGAGAUGCUUAUUUGAAAUGGGUUGUUAGUAGAUUUCUUUUUCUCAAAUUUCCCCAAAAACACGAGGGUCAGCUCACACGAAUGAGACAACAAAUGGUUAGUAAUAUGAUAUUAUACCACCAUGCACUUGAAAAAGGGCUUCAGUCAUAUAUCCAAGCAGAUCGCUUUGCACCGUCUAGGUGGACUGCCCCUGGCGUUCUUCCAGUUUUUGACGAGGAUGUCAAAGAAGAGGAAUCAUCUUUAUUUGAUCAGGAAAAGUCUCUUGCAAAGAUGGGUCUUGAAUUAGAUGUUAAUAAUUUUGAUGAUGAUGAAAUGGAAGAUGGUGAACUUGAAAGUGAUUCAAGUUCGUACAGGGUCCUUUCUAGCAAGACAUUGGCGGAUGUUGUUGAAUCACUCAUUGGAGUUCAUUAUGUUGAAGGCGGAAAAGUUGCUGCUAAUCACUUCAUGAAAUGGAUUGGAAUAGAUAUAGAGUUCAAUCCUGAAGAAAUUGAGUGUCCAAAGAGGCCAAGUACUGUUCCAGAAGGUGUUCUAAGAAGUGUGGAUUUCGAUGGAUUAGAAGGUGCUCUAAAAAUCCAAUUUCGGGACAGGGCAUUGUUAAUUGAAGCAAUUACUCAUGCUUCACGUCCAUCUUCUGGAGUCGCCUGCUACCAACGACUAGAGUUUGUAGGUGAUGCAGUCUUGGAUCAUCUUAUUACUAGGCACCUGUUUUUCAAGUAUACAGAUUUGCCCCCUGGACGUUUGACAGAUUUGCGUGCUGCAGCUGUUAAUAAUGAAAAUUUUGCGCGAGUUGCUGUCAAACACAAGCUUCAUGUGCAUUUACGACAUGGGUCUACUGCCUUGGAGAAGCAGAUACGGGAUUUUGUGAAGGAAGUUCAAAAUGAAUAUUCAAAACCUGGAUUUAAUUCAUUUGGCUUAGGAGAUUGCAAGGCCCCAAAAGUUCUUGGUGAUAUUGUUGAAUCAAUUGCCGGAGCCAUUUUUCUUGAUAGCAGGCAUAAUACGGCAGUUGUGUGGAGAGUUUUUGAGCCUUUAUUGCAACCAAUGGUUACUCCUGAAACACUUCCAAUGCAUCCCGUGAGAGAGUUGCAAGAACGAUGUCAGCAGCAGGCUGAAGGUCUGGAAUACAAGGCCACUCGAGAUGGGAAUUUAGCCACUGUUGAAGUUUAUGUCGAUGGUAUACAGAUUGGGGUGGCUCAAAAUCCACAGAAAAAGAUGGCACAGAAAUUGGCUGCUCGUAAUGCUCUGCUUGCUUUGAAGGAGAAAGAAACUGCUGAAGCCAUGGAUAAAGCUGAGGAGACCGAGAAAAAGAAAAAGAACAAUGCACAAACAUUUACAAGACAGACAUUAAAUGAUAUCUGCUUACGUAGAAAUUGGCCCAUGCCACUCUACAGAUGUGUGAACGAAGGCGGCCCUGCACAUGCCAAGAAGUUUACAUUUGCAGUCCGUGUUAAUACCACAGAUAAAGGUUGGACUGGUGAAUGCAUUGGAGAGCCCAUGCCAAGUGUUAGGAAGGCCAAAGACUCAGCUGCAGCACUUCUGUUGGAGCUUCUGAACAAAUGGUAUUCAUAGUAGUGUUUUCUUUAUUCCCUGAGCUGCAUAUUGCGCGGAAGCAAGAGUUAUUUGCUUUCCGGUUGCUUAAGUUCUACCUUUGAUUGGGUGCUUCCAUGCAUGACUGUUAGCUUACCUUAGGUGAACUUUAGUUGUCAAAGUGAAGUAAUAUACAAAGUACUUACUAGGUUACAUAAGAUAGAUAGUACUGGUUUCAUUUGCAUGAAUGAGGUCAAAAUUUGAACCUGCCCCUCAAUUUGUUUGGGGCACACAGAGUAUAUACAAAUUUUUGUAGUUUCACUCACUGGUAUUGUGCUAUUGAAUAUAGUAAUAUUAUCCCUCAAGUGUAUGGAGUUUUCCUUUUGUUUGUUGUUGA